AUGCCUCUCGACACAAGCACCUACUCCCUGGCUUUGUUGCGUCUCGACGGCCGGCGCUGGAACGAGCUGCGCCGUAUUCAUGCCCAAAUCUCGACCCAAGCAGCUGCCGACGGCUCGUCGUAUCUUGAAAUGGGCAACACGAAGAUCCUCUGCAGCGUCACGGGACCGCACGAGGGCCGAUCGUCAGGCGCACGCGGCGGCGCGGGCGGACAGGCAAAGCUGGAGGUCGAGAUCAACAGCGCAGCAUUCAGCGGGAUGGACCGGCGACGCAAUGCGCGCGGCGAUAAGCGCACGAGCGAGAUGGAGCACUGUCUGCGCGAGGCGUUUGGGGGUGUUGUCUUGGGGCAUCUGUACCCGCAUUCUACCAUCACCAUCAACCUGCACAUCAUCUCGCAGGACGGGUCGCUGCUGGCUGCGUGCAUUAAUGCCGCGACCCUCGCGCUCAUCGACGCGGGUAUACCCAUGACAGAUUACCUCGUCGCCUGCACAGCGGCCUCGUCUGCCUCGGCGAGCGCGGCAGACAACGCCAGCGCGGACGACCCGCUGCUGGACCUCAAUGUGCUGGAGGAGCAGGAGCUGCCUUUUCUGACCGUGGGGUGUUUGGGCGAGAGCGACAAGGUCGCCGUCUGCGUCAUGGAGACCAGAGUGCGCAUGGAGCGGCUGGAGGGCAUGCUGGCAGUUGGGAUAGAAGGGUGCAAGCGGAUGAGGGGGAUACUGGAUGGCGUCGUCAAGGGGUAUGGGAAGCGGUUUGGAUGA